AUGCCAACACUGUCAAUUUUGUUCUUCACUCUUUGGAAAUACUAUAUCCUUUGCAUUAAAAUUCUAAUUCCAACAAUAAUUCCUAGUUGGGUCAAGCAGAAGCACGUGGAAUCAUCGUGUUUCCUUGGGAAGGGCAUCUUGCUUACCGGCCAGAGCAAUUCAAUAGUUUUCACAGAUAUUGCCACAGGCAAUGAGAAGACUUUCCGUGCAGACUCCUUUGAGAGAGGUGAUGGUAUCUCUUGCAUUGCUGGACAUAGAUCUCUGCAGAUAUUUGCCCUUGCAGAACUCUCCCAGACCCCUUCGAUUCUCGUGCAAUCGUACCCAAGUUUCGAGACAAUCUACCGGCUACAGAGUAGUGAUGUGACAAACUAUAUGAGUUUGUCGUUUUCUGAGACAGAAUAUCUGAUAGCCCUCACGGGAAUUCCAGAUUUCAUUCUGGAGAUUUGGUGCUGGAGAUCAGGGCAAUUGCUGGCCACUAGGAAGAGUGGAAUAUUUGCCAGUGAUCAGGUGAUACUCUGUUCACCAUCUCAGCCACUGACUCUGUGUCAGUUGGCAACAGGAGCAGGAAGAUUAACAGUCUGGGAUAUUCAUGUUUGCGUAGAUACGGUUAAAUUGAUUGAGAAAAAGGUAAAAUUGACACUGGAUAGAGAUUCAACUCCCUUCACAGGGACUUAUCUCUACAGCGGUACACUCCUCGUGGUAACUCGGAAAGGGAGUGUACACCAAAUAUAUCCAGGAAGCAAUCAAUCUCACUGUAUUGUUCAAGAAAUCGAACAAGAAGUUGCUAGGGAUUCAAUGUGUCUCAUUGCUCCCUAUCAGGGUGGAUUUGUCCUCUCUGUGAAUCACAUAAUUCGUCUAUUUUCCCAAAAUGGAACAAUCUUUACUGAGAUGUGUUCAGUGUCUCCGGAAAAUCUCCAUUUGAGAUUUCUGGGAUCUCAUUCGAAUGAUCUUAUUGCUGCUAUUGAUGAAAAUGGGUCUAUUUGGAAGAUUAUCUUAACGGAGGGACGUAUUGAGACGAAGGAAGUAAAGAAAAGAGUUAGAAUUUUCCAUAUGAUGACCUUUGUCAAUCCCAGUGAGAAUUUCCUGGUCACUGUGGAGAAAAAUCGAGGAGUAUCUGUUUUUGAAGUGAAUUCUGGCAAAUUGAUAUCGCAGUAUCUUAAAGCUAGGAUUUCUGCCAUAGAUUCCCAUCCACUUUUGCCAGUUAUUUGUUUGGGAUACUCUUCAGGUCAUGUGGAAUUUCUUUCGUUGUUUUCUUCGGAUAAUCCUCAGCCACAGGUUAAGUUUCAUGUCACCAAUUGUCCCAUUCAAAUGGUUAGAUUUUCAAGCAAUGGUUCGCAGAUUCUUGCCUUGGAUUCUAAGAGGGAGGCCUUUGUGAUUUCUGGUCAAAUUGGUGGAAUUUUGGAGAUCAAGAAGAACUUUUCCCUGCCAGGGGAUGUCUUGGAUUUUGUAAUAUUAAAAACUAGCGGGAAUGUCUUGAAAGUCCUCAUACUUCUCAAAGCUGAGCACUCUAAAAUAUCCUGCGAAGACAUCCUUUUGGUUUCAGUUGCAGAGGAUACUGUGGAAGUUCAUAAAAUUUCCCAUUCUGGGAAGAAAUUGACUUCACUGGCUCAGCUGAGAAAUCUCCAAGAUACUUUUGUAGCCACUUUUUAUUUGGAUACAAAACUGAAAAUCCUCAAAUUGGCAGAAUAUUCUGAUCACUUUGAAUUGGUUGAACUGCAGGAAGUGAGAACAGAACAUUUACUGAAAUAUGUUAAAGUAAAAUCUUGUGGAGAUUUUAUUAUUUCCUGGGGACUCGAUGGGCAAGUCUGCCUUUUUGAUUCCCGCACAAUGGAGUGCAUCUCGAAUUUUGUGUCUCACCAUCGAAGGACUCAUGGUGUCCAGGAAGCUGUUAUAAGCAGUUCUCUUGAAUAUAUAAUUUGCUUGGGAUUUACUGGAAAUCUCAUUUGCUUCCGUCCUAAUCUCAAAAUCAUGCCAAUGGAUCAUCAUUGUGUGGGAAAAUUUGAAUUGACUAGACUGGAGAUUCGAGAGAAAUGUCUCAGUCCAACCAUUGGGCAUACUUCAGCAACUACAUUUGGUGAUGCUUCCUGGUUGGAUGUGCAGAAAAUCGAACAGAAAAGGCGCGAAAGGCAGAAAUACCAAGAAGUCCGUGAUGCAAUCAUCAGAGAUUUGGAUGAUCUCAGAAGAGAGAUUGGGAAGCUCCUGGAUAACAAUGAGACUUGUUCAGAUGAAGAGAAACUUCCCAUUCAUGAGUUCAAUCUCGAUUCAAAUCAUGUUGAAAAUAUGAUCAGGAAAGCAGGAAGGGAUCGUCAGGAGGAAACAGGUAAGAUGCAGGAAUUCAUUACAUCACAGAAUGAGAUUUCUGAAUGGAUAAGGAAAUCCUGUUGGGAUCAAAUGUCUGUCAAGAGUACAAAAGUCCGGGGAAUUUUUACGAAUCUCUUCAUUGAAAAUUAUCCAGUCCUGGAGAUGGAUGGGAUUUGGGAGAAACGUCUCAAUCAGAUUUUAAUGUGGAUCAAACUUGAGAAUCUCACAAAUUCGGACAAAUUUCUUCCUUGGAAACCCAUUCCUACAAGUCAAUUGGAGCAUGUUUUGGCACAGGAACCGAGAGUUCUAGCUCUUGAAAAAGUUAAAGUAGAUCAAGGUAUGGCGUCAGGGACUCCUUUGGCUUCAGGAACUUCCACACGGGAUUUUAUCACGUCAAAACUACCACGAUACAAUCAAUUGGAAGUGGUGACCUUUGAGCAAAUGCAUGUGGAGAAGAUUUUUGGGUAUUUUGAUGCCCUUGCCCUAAGGGAGUUCUUCAACAAACAAUUCUGCCAGUUGCAGGAGAGAAAGGAGCAGGAAAUGCAGAUUGUCAAAGAGAGAAAUAGUCGUUUGCGCGAGAUACAGAAUGAAUUGAAUAUUCUGUCGCAGCUUCUUGGAACAAAUAUUGUCUACGAGGAUGAUAUCAUUGAUCCUGAAUACAUGCCCGAUGAGAAGCCUCAUACAAUUGUUCAAGUGACUGAUGAGGAAGUUCCUGUUGAGCCGUACAUUUCGCCCAGUAUGCAGGAAUUGAUUGAGAAAGAGGCAUUUGAGGCAGAACAAAAGCGUCUCGCACUGAUGGCGGAUGAUUUUCGUGAGAGAGCCCUUCAGCACAUGAUGGAUGGUGUUCUGGAAAUUCGAUGGGAGGAUGAGAUCAAGAAGAAACCUAAUGUUCCAGCAGCAGUUCAGACCAAGAAGGAUUUGCGGGAGUAUGAUGAACAUGAUUGGCGAGCUGUCCGGGAGUAUGAGGAGAAACUAAAUUUCCUGGAUUCUGAACGGGAAAAGUAUCGUGAUCAACUUCUGGAUGAAAAACGUCAUCUCCAAAAAAUUCUCGAUCGACAAAUUUACAUGUUCAACAAGAAGCUCGCAGAAUUGGCAAAAGUUAAGGUCAAAGUACAAAUGGCAAUAAAUCAGGAAGAUUUGAAAAUCCUCCGGAAUUCCAUGUACAAUUACAAGAGAAUUCAAUUUACGCGGCAAGAGCAUGAAAUCCGCCAGGAAAUUAUCAGUAUCAAAAGGCAGAUUAAUGCCCUAACGGCUGCUAUGCAUGAUGCUGAGAAGAGAGCAAUGGACUGCAAAGUAAAUUACGAUGGUCUGGAGACUAAAGAUCGUCUCCUGGACAAGCAAUUCAAGAAUAACUUUGGGGAAUUUGCUUCAAUCUCCAUAGUUGAUCAAGCUUAUAAGCUUUUUAAACGUCGACCGAGAUGGACAAUGAGAGCAUGGGCAACAUCUGUUAUCCUUAUGGAUCUAGCCAAGAGAGUUAUUGGACGAAAUCUCUCAAAAUCCGGACCUCCAUUGCCUCAAGAGUGCUUUGACUAUUUGAACCUCAUUGAGCAAAUUGACCAACCAUCCAAUUGUCCGACAAUGGAUGAGAAACUCUGGGAUUUACUCUGUCGUAUGCGCAGGAUAAAGAUAGAGAGUGAAUUCAAGGUGCGCAGUUGUGGGGUUCAAUUGGCCGAAGCUGAUGCGUGUGUUGAUGCAUUUGCACGGGAAAUUGGUGCAAGGAGGACAACCCUGGCGGCCCAUGAUAAAAAAUUGGAGGAACUCAAAGAGAACCGACAAAAGAACUCUGUCAAUCGAACAAUUCAACUUGUGAUGAAGCGUGGUAAUGUUGAAAUUCCACUGACUGGCAAAAUUGCUGACUUUGACGACGCAAUCCUUCUCUCAGUCAAUGAUGUCGAUGACAUCAAUCGGGUAAUUAAGAAAUCGGGUCAGAAGAAAUUGCUGGCCAUGUCCAAUGCAGCUAUUUUCCGUCGGAAGCUCAUUCACAAGGAGUGGGAACAUAGAGUACUCAAGAUGACCAUCAGAGAUAUGAAGGAUUUUGUCAGAGUAAUUGAAAAAUGCAAGAUUACAAAAGAAGUGCAAACGUGGCUCAAGCGGAAGCAAAAGGGCUGGACAGAGGAUGUCAGCCAGGCGGCGCUGAAUCGUGAAAUAGAGGCAAUGAUUGCUUCCUGUGAAAAGUCAUUCAGUGAUGUGAGGAAGCAAGUGCAAGAAAUUGAGGAGAAAAUUCAGCAGAAGAAACGUGAAAAUGAGAAUCUCGACAGGAAGAUUCAAGCUUUGAACUUUGAUGUGUCCAAGCAACAUGCACAGCGAGAUCCAACUCUUGAGGAGCAAGAGAUUGAAGCUCAAAAUCUCAGACUGGAAAUCAUUGCUGAGAGAACGAGACUUGUGAGAAAAGUUCAGCGUCAGCAUACGCAAAUCCUAGAGCUUAGUACAUUGCUGGAAUUGCAGCGUCUUCGAACGUAUCCGACACUUUCGAUGCCUCAAUCUUCAGCGAAUCUCAGGAAUGCAUAAACUGAGACAGUGAAAGAUAUAUUACGAAAAACUAAAAUCUGCACAGAGUGAAAAAUCUCAGAAUUACUAAAUACUUGGGGAAGUGAUCGUAUACGAAAGAAUGUUCGCGAGUGAAUGACCAAAAGUGUGGCGAAAUAGACGAUUAUUUCCAAAUGAGUGAUUUUUGGUGUAUACAAAAUAUCUGCAGAAGAGAAAAAUUGAAAGAAUGGAAAGUUUCCUUUUAAAAAUUAUGCAAACUAACUUAAAUAAAUCAACGAAUUUUCUUUUUUUGUGAUUUAUCUGGAAGAAUGCUGAUCAAUUAAUACGCAAGCAUUUCUCUCAUUCAUAUUGAUUGCGCACGUAAAAGACAAGUGAAAUUCUUUAAGACAUUUAAGGGAAUUGCUACUAUAAUACCAAGAAAGUGACUCUUACUGUUUAAUGUGUGAACAGUUUGUGUCUGAUAUUGUGUGAAUUAAUUAUAAAUAAUCACUGAAUCACCUGUCGGGAUCACCUGGUUUUGCCUUAAACAGUCGCGCACCAGUUGCUCCAAAAGGCGUCAUUUAAUUGUUUAAUCCAGAUGAUAAUACGUGUUAUAUAUUUGCAUAAAUAUCACAAUUUUCUCUAAUAAUUUUAUAUAAUAGUGUGUUACGAAGUUUAUC